AUGGAGCUGCUGGUGAGUGAGCUGAAUGCCCUCCUAAAGUUACUGGAUCAGGAGACCUUAAGCUCAUCAGCCCAGGAGAAGAAGACCUCUGUCUGGAACCUACUGAAGCAGAUACAACCAUCAGUUUCAGGUACAGACUACAUCUACAUGAACUCAGCAGUAUACAGAAAUGGCACCAGUUUUGUUGAGUCCCUCUUUGAGAAGUUUGGCUGUGAGCUUGGAGACCUCAAGGAUGUUCCAGAUGAUUUAAAACUAGAAAAAGACACACAAUCUGAGACUUUAAAUGAGAACUGUGGAAACACCUCAGCUGUGCAUUCAGCAGACUCUCCCCCGCCUCUGCCCACAACACCACCCCCAGAGGAUUAUUAUGAGGAGGCAGUGCCACUGAGUCCGGGCAAGAUGCCUGAAUACAUCAUCACAAGAGUUCGACCUAGCCCUCCCAACUCCAUAGAGGACGGAUAUGAAGAUGCAGACAGCAACUACCCCACCACCCGCAUCAACUCGCAGCGCAAAAACUCCUAUAAUGAUUCUGACGCUCUGAGUAGCUCCUAUGAGUCGUAUGAGGAAGACGAGGAAGAGAGGAGCCCCGGUACGCAACUCACACAUCAGUGGCCCUCGGAUGAGAGCUCCAUGCCUCCUACCAGGGACUGUCGCAUUUGUGCCUUCCUGCUCCGCAAGAAACGCUUCGGCCAGUGGGCCAAACAGCUCACGGUCAUACGAGAGAAUCGAUUACAAUGUUACAAGAGUUCCAAAGAUACAUGCCCCUAUGUGGACCUGCUGCUGCCCCAGUGCACUGUGGUUUACGCACCUAAAGAUAGCAAGCGGAAGCAUCAUGAACUCCGGUUCACCCUACCCAAUGGAGAUGCUUUGGUGUUGGCUGUGCAGAGCAAGGAGCAAGCAGAUAGAUGGCUCAGGGUCGUCAGAGAGGUGAAGGGUCAAUGCACUGGACCGGAGAUAUGCCCGUCUCCAGUCAUUCUGAGGAAAACCGAACUUGACAAGAGAUUGUCUGCAGAGAGGAACAAUUCAGAUUCAGACAGUGUUGGCGUAUCAACAGGGGAGAACGCCCGAGAAAACGGUAAAGUGAAGCGCGGAGCCUUAGCUGCGGGUCGAAAGAUCACACGGAUCAUCAGCUUCUCAAAGAAGAAGACUUCGCGGACAGCCUACAAUGACCCUCGACAAGGUUAUCUUUCAGUGCUCGUCAAUCAAGAAUGGCAGGAGCAUUGGUGCUGUGUGUGCAGAGGCUUCCUGCACUUCUACCAUGAGAGAGGCGAUCAUCAGACGUCCUUGCCCUCACUCCCACUACACGGCUGUGAGGUGGUGCCAGGCCUAGGACCCAAGCAUCCAAUUGCCUUCAGAAUUUUGCGAGCAAGUACCACUGUGGCUUCACUUGAGGCAGCCAACUCUGAGGACCUCGGGAGAUGGCUCGGGGUUCUCCUGGCAGAAACUGGCUCCGCAACGGAUCCAGAGUCUCUGCAUUAUGACUGCGUGGACUUGGAGACCAUCGCUAAUAUCCGCAAUGCUGCGCGCCAUUCAUUCCUGUGGGUCACAUCGUCCGGAAGUAACACAGACUCCAGAACAUAUGAUGAGGUCCCUAAUGAGGAUAUCCAGUCGAUGGAUAACUGCCGGCAGCAGUGUGGGAAUCAAGGGAAACGGCGCUCCAGUUUCUCCAGCAGUGAUUCUGACAAAACAAAGUCAUUAAACUCCCUCAAACGAACAGGCUCAGAUUCUAACCAGUAUGCAAGGUAUGGUAAAACGCGAGCGGAGGAGGAUGCCAAGCGUUAUCUGAAAGAAAAAGAAGACUUAGAAAGAGAGAAGGAUGAAAUUCGGAAUACGCUCUCAAACCUCCGACGGGAGAAGAAAGAGCUGAAGGAACAGCUGCAAACAGCUUGUGAGAAGAGAGGUCUCCUCAUUAACCAGCGUGUGUCCCAGCUGGAAGAGGCCUGUCGUGUGAAGGAAGCAGCACGAGUGGACCUGGAGCUGCGACUGUCCCACGUCAAAGAAAACAUCAAGAAAAGUCUGGCAGGUGGAGCACUGGGAGCACCCGUGGAGCGUAUCCCUCCUGUCACGGGGUCCAGAAAGAAGACACAAAAUAUCUACAGUGAGAGUUUACCAGUAAACUGUGCUUCUGAGAUGCGCAAGAGGCCUCCUUCUGUGUAUGCUUCAACUUCAGGAACUGUCAUGCAGAAGGCAAAGGAAUGGGAAUCCAAGAAAGGAACUUAA